ACACACACUCCCUCACUCCAUCUGCUUCUCGACUAUGAGCUGGCUGCUUUCUCUGCCUCGCUGUGCGUCUUUGAGCCAUUCUGACACAUGCGCUCCCCCUCUGUCUCCUUGUCGCUUUCUUCUUGCCGUCUUUACCCCCCAUCUUUUACCUCACCAGGGAGCCAGUGUCUCUCAGUUUUGUCCUGUUCCACCCAGGACAGGAAAGGAGCAGUAGCAGGGAGCACCGGCAGAGAGGACCGUUACCACAAAAACAGGAAAAAGGAAGUGGGCAGUGACUUGUGUGAGGAGGGGACUGCGGUCGGACAGCUGUGGCUCAACAGUUUUAGAUGCUGGAUGAGAAAACCACAUCAGAGACGGCUGGUAGAGGAAAGAAAAGAGAGCAAGAGAGAGACCUGUUGGAUUCACCCCUGAGAGAAAUUAAAAACCUCAACAACCUGAGGAAGACUCAACAUUUGAAGAUAGUGGGGCGAUUUUAUGUAUUUAUCUGAUUUUAGGGUAAAACAUAUAGUCAUAAAGAAAACUGUUAUUGCCACAAGAGAGGUUUGAAAUUCUUAAACAUCUCGGAUUCUGACACUCGGAGUGUCUUUCCUCAUCUUCCGGAAAACAUCUUUGGGACACAUUCUUGAUCAAGAGACGUCACAGACUUUGUUCUCCGGCACAAAUUCCCCAACCCAAAGAAAAUAAAAAGGUUUGGUCAAAGGUUUGGAAAACACUUGGAGGAAAAACUGUUUAAUUCAUCAAGAAACUACUCCUGGAAAUAAAAAAGUUGCUGGACUGUUGAGUUUUUCUGGAUUCAGAUUGAACAAGAACACCAUCUCUGGUAGAUUUCAGCUUCGCUAAGACAAGGGCCAAAUCAGGUGAUGGCGUGGCUCCAGGUAUGGACAACUGGACUCAUCGUCCCUCUUCUCAACUUUGUCGCCUUUGCUCAAGACUCUGGCCUUUCUGGGGUGGUACCAGAAAGACCACAAUCAGACAUAAUUGUGAAGAAAGAAUCCUAUCCGCUGCUGCGCAGACAGAAGAGAGAAUGGUUGUGGAACUCCCUUUAUGUGAUAGAAGAGAACCCUGUACAAUUCCCCUUUCAGAUAGGACAGCUUAAGUCCAGCAAGCAAGUGGCGGUGAAGUCGUUUACAAUAGAAGGCGAAGGAGCAAACACCAUCUUCACGGUCAACAAGAAAGGAGGCGAACUCUAUGUCAACACUCUUCUAGACAGAGAGGAGAAAGCUCAGUAUCAUUUGACGGCUAAGAUGUACGAUGGAAACGAGGUGUUGGUAGAGAGCGCCGGGGACUUUAUUGUCCAAGUGACGGAUAUCAACGACAACUGCCCCGUUUUUUCAAAGGAAUACAAAGGAUCUGUUGUGGAGCGAAAGAAGGGGACUGUGUUUGAGGUGACGGCGACUGAUAAAGAUGAUCCGACCACUGUCAAUGCAAUGCUUCAGUACUCUCUAACCAGAGAUGCAGAGACUUGGGAUCUCUUUGAAAUCCACCCAAUUUCAGGUAUGAUCACCUCCAAGACAACUAGCCUGGACCGGGAGAAAAAGAGUCAGUAUGUGCUGAGGGUGGAAGCGAGGGACAUGAAUGGAAGGCCCUCUGGCUGCCUCAACACCACCACGGUCCCCAUCACCAUCACAGACAUCAAUGACAACAUGGCAUCUUUCAGCAAUAGGAAAUAUGAGAUCAGUGUGAAAGAAAACCAUAAACUUGACGAGGAGAUCGGCAAACUGACAGUCAUGGAUAGAGAUGAGCCUGAGAACAAGCAACCCCUAUUCUCCAUCUUAAGUGACGGUGGGAAAACAUUCAACGCUAAACCUGAUCAGAAUAAGGACUGCAUCCUGGUGCUCAAACAGGCUUUAGACUAUGAAACACGGACUAGCUACACUUUUACUGUGAAGUUGGAGGAAGUGCUGCACUCCCUUCCCGCAGACAAUAUUAACGAAGCAAUCACAUCAGCACAGGUUACCAUCAGGGUGAUGGAUGUCGACGAGCCGCCGAUUUUUAACUCUUACAACUAUAGCUUCAGUGUCUACGAGGAGCAGCUAGAGAGCACAUUAUUAGGAAAAAUCCAGGCCAGAGACCCCGACAGAGCCAACAAGCGCAUAGAGUACUCCAUUCCAGAGACAGGCUUACCCUUCAGCAUCCACCCAUUCAGCGGUGAGUUAUCCCUUCUGAGAAAGCUGGACAGAGAGACGAAGAAAGAACACACGUUUGCAGUUAAAGCGCAGGAACAGAACAGCGAUUUGCAGUCACUGGUGAACAUUACCAUAAAUGUUCUGGACAUUAACGAUAACCCGCCUGAACUGAUUGUGGAUGACAUCUACGUGUGUGAGAAUGACGUCACAAACACAGUAAUUGGUAGAUUGGAAGCCUUAGACAAGGAUGAUCAACAAGCUACCUUCACUUACAGUCUACUUCCAAACUCCAACUUCUCCCUCAAAGACAACGGAGACGGCACAUCCAAUUUACUGGUGAAAAAAGGACCUUUCAACCUGGAGGACUCCAGUGAUUACAGUGUGGAGGUGAGCGUCAGUGACGGAGGUCUGCCUCCGUUGAGCAGCGUCACCAAAGUGCAGAUAAAGUCAUGCCAGUGUGAUGCUAAUCGAGUUUAUUCAAAGUGCAAGGCCAGUAAACUGAGGAUGGGAGUCAGUGUCCAUGCCCUGAUAGCAAUACUUCUUUGCAUACUGACCAUUCUGGUAAUAGUGAUCCUGUUUGUGAUGAGGAAACACUAUCAGAAGGAUUCUCUCGCCAGUUUGAAGAACAUCGGUGAAAUCCAUGAGCAGCUGGUCACAUAUGAUGAGGAAGGAGGGGGAGAGAUGGACACCAAUGGCUACGAUGUCUCAAUUCUCACUUCGGCGUGUAACGAUGGAUCCCUUCUCCGCCAUCCUGACCGCUUCUCACACCCUUCCAUGUAUGCCAUGGUCCAGAAACCGCCUCACCACUCUCAGCCCACCGCAUGCAAAGGCGACAUGGCGGCAAUGAUUGAGAUGAAAAAAGACGAAGCUGACCACGACAGAGACGGAUUCCCAUACGACACUCUCCACAUCUAUGGCUACGAGGGACCUGAAUCUUUAGCGGGAAGCCUUAGUUCUCUGGAAAGCUCCUCUUCUGGUUCAAACUUGGAUUACGACUUUCUCAAUGAUUGGGGGCCGAGGUUCAAGGCCCUGGCCGAGCUGUAUGGCGUGGAUGGUGCUGACUACUACCAUCAAUACUGAGAAUAAAUGCAGAGUUCCCUGAUGUGCAUCUGAAAAGUGUACAUCUUGUACAUUGGUAAUCAAAAAGAGCCAUAAAAAAAGAAACAACAAACAUGCAGGAAACAUGCACAUUUAACCUACAGUACACAGAUAGCCCAACUGUCCACAAGAGACUCUUCAAAACACAGCUGGGGAUCCUUUUCGAGAAAGGUUACCUUUAGUUAUCAUGUGUAUAUCAGUGGAUGCAUUUGUGUUUUGUGUCUCUUAUCUAUUCACUCUAAUCACUAAACAAGUCAUCAAUGUCCAGGAGCCUCCUGUGAGCUGAAUGAAGUUGUCAUCAGCAUAUAUAGAUGUUUUUCAGAUUUUGGUUCUUCGUAAUCCAACAUUGGAACAACUCACAGACAUAAUAUUAAAAGUACAGCACAGACUGGUUAAAAGCUGCAAAGUUAACCCUUCUACUUCACCUGCAAAUAGCUAACAGAUAAAAAGCAGAUGAAUGUAGCCAACCAGAAGGUAGCAUGUUAGGAGAAAAAUAAUUUUACCGAUAUGUUUAACUAAUUCUUUUUUUAUAUAUAUAUAACACUUGAGCAUAGAAAACAAAUAAAACGUCAAACUUUUUUAUUGAAACGUUCCUGGUUUGCUCCUCUGAUAUUAGAUAGUAGAUCUUGCUCAGUUAGCAAGGCUGUGGUUAGAUCCCUUUAAGGAUGAAUUUACUGACAUGACGUCUGGUAAAAGGUUAAAUACAGUAAAUUUAACCUCCAUCAGGAAACUGUCUUGUAAUCUUCAAUAAGUAUAAAUUAAUUUUAUGGAGUUGAAGGUGAAAGCUAACGGCUAUUCCAAGAGGGGUGCAGAACCAAAGAAAGCUACGUACCCUUCUAAAGAAACUCAAAUAUAAAACAAAGACAUGUGCAUGAUGAAAUGAACCUUUAAAACUUUUAAUCAUUUGGACUAAAGCCAACAUGAAAAUGUGUGCUACAGUAGAAAUAGACUUCGUACAAGAAAUUUACUUUAAAAAAGGGUACAUGUAAACUUUUACUGUACAGAGUAUAGCAAAAUGACUGCAGUAAUGGAUAUGGUCAGUGUUUUGGGGGGUUUUGUGCACUGCUUUACUACCUAGCCUGCAGUCUGCUGCUUGCAGCUUUUAGCUUGACAAUCAUGAUUUGUAAAACACCAUAACUUUGUCAGGUGGGGUUUGUGGCUAACGUACUUUAUUCCCCAAAGAGUAAAAGAAAGCUCUGGUCAAAAUGCAACUUUUCAUUUAAUUAUCAGAUUUUGGGCAGCAUGAAGGUUAUAGAAAUGUUUAGGGGUUUAAAAAUCUUUAAUUUUGCUUGAUUUACCUUAAAACCAGAAACCAGUCCAUGCCAAAUUCAAUUCAAUUUAUUUAUGCAGCGCCAAUCCACAACACAUGUCACCUCAUGGCACUUUAUAGUUCACCAGAUCAGCCAGUCAAAUUGAUUCAAAGUUUUCUAUCUAAGGAAAACCAGCUGA